UUCCUCAAAAGCACUUCCCCACCUCGGGCAUCUCCCCUUUAUAAGCCACAACCCAAACCUCUCUACCUUCAUCGAAUCGAAGAACCCUCUACUUUCUCUCAACUCCCAGACCCUCUCUUCACACCAAAACAUAUACAGUUUAAGUAAUCUCUGUUAAUUUUAUCGCUGCUGCCAUGGGUGCUUCUCAGUGUCUUUCUUCUCUUAGCUGUGAAAUAAGGAUCAUGAGAGCGAAAAACAUUGAACUCAAGACAGAGGGGAAGCUGUUUGUUAGGUACUAUCUCUCGGCAGGGAACAACCAAAGAGUUGGGCUCAACAGCCGAGAAAUAUCGUCCAAGUCCGAUCUCUUCUGGGAUGAGUCUUUCUCUCUGGAGUGUUUGGGAAGUGAGGAGUCCAUUCAGAGCCUCAUGCAGGAAAGAGUGGUUUUCGAGCUCCGGUGGAGAAGUAAGGUCCCAGUUCUUGGUAAAGUUUGCAAGUCACGUGUCCUGGGGAGAGUCGAGAUCCCAUGGACAUCCGUCUUCGCUUCAAAGGAAAUGGAAAUCGAGAAAUGGGUUUCGAUGGUUCCAACCGGCAGUCGCGUUGUUGAUCAAGAUGGUAAGCCUCCUGCACUACAAGUGGCCAUGAAAGUCCGGAUUCCGAAGGUGGCUGAGAGGAGUAGACGUGUCAUGAAGUGGGAUGAGUGCGGGUGCACGGAUGGUGGGUGCACUUGCGUAGAUGCCGAUCACAUUUUUGCACUUGCAGCAGGUUUGGAGGUCUUUUAGGACAAAACCACAAAGGUGGAUUUUAGUUGGUUAAUUGACCAAAUCAUUUGGUCUUUAUUUAUUUGUACUACUGUAUAUGAAUUGGAAUUUUCUUCUCAUAAUCGUGUCCAAAGCUAAAUGGGGGGAUCAUUCUCUUGUCUUAUAGGUUGAAAUUAUUUGAAUUUAAAAGGAAAUGAGAGUAGUGAAAUUUCAUCACCAAA